AGAGCCACACGAAGCAGCACACAAGUUCGAGCCCGAGGACACCGUCAGCGGCCACCGGCUCGGAUAAAACCAACAGGAGAGAAGAUGGCGUCCGACUCCCCUCGCAGGCCGAGUCGCUGUGCUGGAGGAGUUCUGGUGCGAGCGCAAGCUGCCACGGAGCAGUCUUACAUGGAAAGCGUGGUGACCUUCCUGCAGGAUGUCGUCCCCCAGGCAUAUACUAGUUCUCCUCUCACUGAUGAAAAAGAGAAGAUAAUAUGGGUUCGCUUUGAGAAAGCUGACUUCAACGACACUGCUCGUAACCCAGAGUUCAUGGAGAUGCACAGUGGAACUAGUGACCCUCCCCUCUGCCUCAUGAUUGGCUACACGGAUGGGAUGCAGGUCUGGGGCGUAUCUUUGGCAGGUGAAGCCCAGGAGCUGUUCUCGGUGCGUCAUGGUCCCGUGCGAGCUGCUCGCAUUCUGCCAGCACCUCAUAUCAGUCCUCUGAAGAUGGACAGUUUUGCUGAGAAGAGGCCGUUGCUGGGGGUUUGCAAGAGCACAGGCUCCUCUGGGACAAGCCCCCCCUACUGUUGUGUCGACCUGUAUUCUCUACGGACAGGGGAAAUGGUCAAAUCAAUUCAGUUCAAGACACCGAUCUACGAUCUUCACUGCAACAAACAUAUUCUUGUGGUGAGCCUGCAAGAGAAGAUUGCUGCAUUCGACAGCUGCACCUUCACCAAGAAGUUCUUUGUCACAAGCUGCUUUCCUUGCCCUGGCCCCAGCCUCAAUCCAAUAUCUCUUGGAAGCCGAUGGCUAGCCUAUGCCGAGAACAAGCUGAUAAGAUGUCACCAGUCUCGUGGAGGAGCUUGUGGUGACAAUGCACAGUCCUACACUGCGACAGUGAUUAAUGCUGCCAAAACUCUAAAGACAGGCCUGACAAUGGUGGGCAAAGUGGUCACCCAGUUGGCAGGCACCAUACCAGCAGGCACUCCAGAUGAGGAGGGCACACCUCAUAACACCAGCCGCCGUAGUCCCCACAACCCCGGAGUGGUCACCAUCAUCGACACAGACAAUGUUGGCGAAGGACAGGUUGUGGUGAGUGAGGACUCGGGCGGAGAGGGAGUGGUGGCUCACUUCCCAGCUCAUGACAAACCCAUAUCCUGCAUGCAAUUCAACCCCAGUGGAUUGCUGCUGGUGACCACCGACACUCUAGGCCAUGAUUUCCACGUCUUCCAGAUCCUCACUCACCCGUGGGCGUCCUCCCAGAGUGCCGUUCACCAUCUCUAUACCCUGCAUCGUGGGGAAACUGAGGCCAAGGUCCAGGACAUCUGUUUCAGCCCGGAUAGUCGCUGGGUAGCAAUCAGCACCCUCCGCGGCACCACCCACGUCUUCCCCAUCAACCCGUACGGUGGUGCACCCUGUGCGCGGACACACAUGUCCCCGCGGGUAGUCAACCGGAUGUCUCGCUUUCAAAAGAGCGCCGGCCUGGAGGAGAUCGAGCAGGAGCUGAACAGGGCGGCUGCGCUAGGAGGAGGCAUCGGAGGAGGUGGUUGCAUUCUGGGCGGAGGUGGCAUCGGGGGCCGCUGUAGUCCCAUACCAGGCCUGUCCAGCAGCCCCUCUGGGUCUCCGCUGCACGCCAAGCUGAACAACCAGGAUUCGUACAACAACUUCACCAACAACAACAUGGGGAACCCGCGGCUGUCUCCGCUGCCCAGCCUCACUGUGGUGCUGCCUCUGGCUCAGAUCAAACAGCCUAUGACCCUGGGAACCAUCACCAAACGCACCGGCAAAACUAAGCCGCCUCCCCAGAUUUCUCCAAGUAAAUCCAGUGGAGGAGAGUUCUGUGUGGCCGCCAUCUUUGCCUCGGCUCGCUCCUGGCUCAUCACCAACCCCAACAUGAAACGAGAGAAAGAUCAGUCUAGGCAGUCGGUCGUGGACUCACUGUAUAUCCUCAGUUGCUACGGUAACUUGGUGGAACAUGUCCUGGAGCCUCGGCCGAUUAGCACUGCUCAGAAGAUCAGUGAUGACACACCUUUGGAGCUCAACACCUGUCCAAGGGCCUGCUGGACUCUGGCGAGGACUCCACAGUGGAAUGAGCUGCAGCCACCCUUCAACUCCAACCAUCCCCUGGUGCUGGCCUCAGACCUGGUGCAGUACCAUCAGUACCUUCUGGCUGCGAUUCCUCUGGGGAGCCCAGGCCCAAUCACACGUCACGAGUCAUCAGACAGUCUGGCAUCGGACCACAGUGGCCAGGAGGAUGAGGAGUGGCUCUCUCAGGUAGAGAUAGUGACCCAUACUGGGCCCCACCGGCGCCUGUGGAUGGGCCCCCAGUUUCAGUUUAAGACCAUUCACCCUUCAGGCCAGACCACAGUCAUCUCCUCCUCAUCCUCAGUGCUUCAGUCCCAGGGCCCAACAGAUGUCCCACAACCUCUUUUGGACUUUGACACCGACGACCUAGACCUACACAGCCUCAGGAUCCAGCCGGUGCGCUCUGAGCCAGUUAGCAUGCCCUGCUCAUCAAGGUUGGUGGCUGAUCGUCGUGGACAGUCCAACCUCAUGGAUGCAGGAUCAGGACCCUUUGAUGGACGUGGUGUGACCCUGCUGGAGGUGUGUGGUAGCUGGCCGGAGAGCUUUGGCGUGCCGCGGCACCACAUCGGCUCGGCGGACGCCAGCGACGAAGGCCUGCGGGAGAGACUGGCGGAUGCCAUGUCUGAGUCGCCCUCCAGGGAGAUCGUGGGAUCGGCGACAGGUCAGUGGAAGCUGCAGAGAGAAGGCAGCAUCGAGACCCUCAGCAACAGCUCGGGUUCCACCAGCGGCAGCAUCCCGCGCAACUUCGAGGGCUACCGCUCGCCCCUGCCCACCAACGAGAGCCAGCCGCUCAGCCUCUUCCCCACCAACUUCCCCUAGCAUCCCACCUCUUCUCCCGGGAGGCCCAUCAGCGUC